UUCAGGUUUGGACGAGUCAAUUGAAACGUGCUUAUCACACAGCCCAGGAUAUUGACGCCCCUAUUGAACAAUGGAAAGCAUUGAAUGAACUUGAAGCGGUAUGUAGUUUUACAUCAACACGAAGAAAAGAAGCGAAGGAUUUUCUUCCUCUUUGAAAGAAAUACGUGGUUCUGUGGUGCCGUGCACAUACACGCGUAAAACUCUCACAGCUUGUCAACAAGAUGUGUUCGCACUGCUUGUUCCCAGUUGGUGAAAAGUCUGGAACAAGUUGGUAUCAUCUUGUAACAAGGUUGAUGAGGUCAACAGACUUGCAACAAAUUGUUCCAACAAGUCUGAUAUCGUCUGCACGUAACAAGUUGUUAACAAGUUGAUGACAACAAGCUCGUAGCAACUUGUUACGAAUAGCCUGUUUUGGUCUUGUUGGAACAACUUGUAGCAAGUCUGUUACCGUCAUCAACCUUGUAACAAGGUGAUAACAACUUGUUCCAGACUUGUCACAACAACUGGGAACAAGCAGUACCAACACAUCCUGAUAUCGGCUUGACAACAACCUUAUUACAACUUGUUUGCAAAUCUGUAACAACUUGCGCCUUUUUACGUGCGUACAGUAUAGGGGUCUGACAACGUGUCGCUGUGUAAUUUAGGCCCUUUCCAAAAUAGCACUUCCAGCUAUUCUGGAGAUUUGUUUCGGAAGAAUAUGUAAUAUUUAUAUUUGUAAUUUUCAGGGUAUAUUUGAUGGUAUGACAUAUGAAGAAGUGCUGGAGAAAUAUCCUGAUGAACACGAACAACGAUAUCAAGACAAGUUUAAAUACAGAUCACCGCGAGGGGAGGUAAGGGAAGUGUUAUUGUUCUGUUUGAUUGUGGCUUCAUAGUUUGUUUGUUUGUUUGUUUGUUUGUUUGUUUGUUUGUUUGUUUGUUUGUUUG